UCAUCAUUGUGUUUACCGUUCCCACAGAAAGAUUUGUCUCUUGUGCAAUUUCACAUCAGCCUAUGCAUCGAUUAUUUAGGAUUAGGCGUUCCACGAGCUGGAUGUUCACUGAAAUGACUGCUGUGGGCUGGGAACCACCACGGCCAGGAUCGUCACUGAUAGACAUACAGCCAUUUUUGAAACAUGCACACAAUUCAAAUGUCUUCCUGCAGCUGAACUUCUAAUCACCGUAUGGUGCUUGAAGUCUUCUGUAGAUAUUUGUGGGUUUUAUGCCUUCAUUCACAAGAAGCUUCAU